AUGGUCACUCCGCUGUCUCAUAAUAAAGACAUUGCCAUUGUUAUCGCCACACGAACAGCGUCCGGACUUUCCGUCAUAGGCUCAGCACUCAUCAUCAGCACCUUCGUCUACUUUCCAUUCUUCAGGAAACCAAUUAAUCGUUUGGUGUUCUUUGCGACUUUUGGCAACAUCAUAACCAAUGUAGCCACUUUGAUGUCAAUUGCAGUAUUACCGAAGGGCUCCCAGCCUCCAUCCGGCCUGUGCGAGCUCCAGGGUCUUCUCAUCCAAUGGUUCUUGGUCUCGGAUUCCCUCUUCUGCUUGUCCAUGGCUAUGAAUGUUUUUCUCGUGUUCUUCUAUGGGUACGAUGCUCAACAGUUACGCCAUCUGGAGAAGUGGUACAUCACCUGCAGUUAUGGCAUUCCAGGAGUGCCGGUCCUAGCUUACUUCAUCUUGAGUAGGACAGGACACCAAAUCAUCGGAUCCGCAACUCUUUGGUGCUGGAUAGCGUCUGAUGUUGAGUGGAUGCGAAUUGCUUUCUUUUACGCUCCUGUCUGGAUCGUCAUCACUGCGACUAUCAGCAUCUACGUUAUCACCGGCUACCGAAUCUGGAGAAAGAGGGCUGAACUGCGUUCAAUCUAUCGCAGUUCGCACCAAUUCCUACACAGGGAUUCUUCAGCUUCUCGUACACAUAGCGGUGUUCGAGGCCCUUUAGUCGGCAUGAACAACAUCGUGGUGACGACACAAAUCAAAUGCGAUGUUCAGACGGAGGAUACCAUCUCGUGCGGUGUUUCUCCCGAGCCAGAUCAGAACUCCAUCAGUUCGUUCGCAAGCACCCGGUUACUUUCCAAACCAAGCAGAAUCAACGAUCUGACAAUAGAACCACUGGCAGCCCCUGUUUCUACUCGCAUGUCUAGGAUCCAGAUCGGGGACGUUGAAGCCCAGAAAACUCUACAUCAGGGCACAACUGGAAGGAAUGGGUAUAGGGCGACUGUCGUUGCGACGAGUCCUAUAGCAGACACAUCAGUGGUGCCAACUUCAUUGUCGAUAUCACGUCCUAUCCUCAAGCGAACUGCUGAAGGACAUGCUGCAGCCAUGGCGUACUUCCAAGUUGCCUUCCUCAUGUUCCUGGCCUUGGUUGUUGUCUGGCUGCCCAGCAGUAUCAACCGCAUGUAUCAGUUUACGCACCAGGACCACCCGAGCUUUGCCCUAAACCUCAUUUCCGCAAUCGUCCUACCGCUCCAAGGAGCUUGGAACGCCACUAUCUACAUCUCCACUACCCGCGCCGAGUGCAGAAGAGCUUGGGGUAUGAUGAUGUCGAAGCUGACUGGUAAGCCAAGACAGGAUCGACCACCGCGAGACACAUAUCGCAAGGAGGCGAUGACGAGCUCACUGGACACACGAGAAUCUGCUGUGAACAUCGCGUUAGACGAUGUCCUCAAGCAAGGCGUUCAGGCGCGCCACUCCGAGGUAUCAAACGAUGAUAUGUUGGAAGAAACCAAGCCUCGGGGUGACUAA